GAUCAGAUGUGUAUGCACAACAUACGUCAAAAGAUUGUUUGCGAAGCUAGUGUCUGUUUUGCUGCUUGGUGGUCGCAGCUGUCAAACUGAUUCAACAAUUUUUUUUAUAUAAUUAGAGUAUUAUAUGAAUUUCCGAUUUGUGUGUUUCUAUUAGUGCGGCUUUUGUAGUGUAACUGAGGGUGUGUUAAUCUUGUGAUUUGUGGUAAUUUUUGUGGUAACCUGCUUUUUAUGCGGGAAUAAUUCAGGGAGAUUCGCCAUGCGAUGCGCCUAGUUCCUAUCUGCGAGCGUACCCGGAUAGUCGCGCAACCAGUUGCCCGACCGUCGGACGCGUCGGUCGCCGCGUUAUGCCCUGAACGGCGCCUGCGCCGCAGCGUUGCAUGACAAACGGACGAAACGCCGCCAUCGUGGGCAUGGCGUCCUUCAUGACGAAGAAGAAGAAGUACAAGUUCCAGGUGGACAUCUGCCUCGAGGAGCUGCUCGAGGUUCCCUUCAUAUCGGCCGUAUUGUUCGCGAAGCUGCGCCUGCUCGACGGUGGCAGUUUCCAGGAUCACAGUAGCAGAGAAGAAGUCAAGGACCACAAGGUCAGCUGGGGCGCCAAGUUCUCGUUCCCCUGCAAGAUGUUGGCGAACGCCUCUACCGGCGUACUUGAGCGUUGCGUCUUGCGCAUUUCCAUACGGAAGGAGAGCAAAGGGGGAAGAUCCUUCAAUAAGCUAGGCUUCGUCGAUCUGAACCUCGCCGAGUACGCAGGCGCCGGCAUCACCUACAAGAAGGCGCUGCUGGUUGGCUACGACGCCAGACAUCGGCAGGACAACAGCAUGUUGAAGUUCUCCAUCGCCAUGAACAUGCUGUCCGGAGACGUCCUUUUCAAAGUUCCUUCCCCGUCUCUGAGGCCCAAGUCGGCGGCAGCAGAAGAACCACCUCAAGAGCAACGCACAGAAGAUUAUUCGGGGGGAUCUCACGGGGGAUCCAUUGCCAGCGGAAGUUCCGGCUUUGGAAGCUUGCCAAAGAAACGACCAGCGCUGUUGUCUUCAGAGCUGGUUAUUGGUCAGACCUUGUCCGAGAAUAAUAUUCCCGUAACCGUGGCUUCAGACUGCAGCGAGCCCAUCCAAAUACCCGUCGACCACGAGGAGAUACCUCUGGGAGAGCCCGGACAUUCCAGAAACUCCUCGAACACCAGCCAACUGUCGAAAGCCUCUGGAUACAGCAGUAUUCAUUCUCACUCCCACAGUCGACAGUCCAGCUCUGGAGACUCCGGACACAUCAGGAAUCUCCAUUCGUCCCUAAGGAUAGCGUCUUUCUAUAAAUCAGCCUUGAACUCCUCCAAAUUCACCAGAACCCAAAGUAUCCCCACCAGAAUCUCCUCCAGCUAUCCCCACCCACCCGGCGCCGUUCCUAACGGUCCUGAACCCUCCCAGGACGCCGGCAAGACGAGCAAAGUUCCCUCCAUAGAACUGAACCCGGACGAGUCGAUAUACUCGACCCCCAAGGGUUCCCUGAAUAAGCAGACGAGUAACAUGAGCAGCUCGAGCAACGAGGAGUACAAGACCCCGGAGGGGGGUCUGGACAACAGGGACGUCUUCUCGCAGAACUUCAACGAGUUGCAGAAGUCGUUCUCGACGACCGCGGUCGAGUUUCAGAGGAUGAAACACAAGGAGUUCGUAUCGACGAAGAACGCGUUGAAUUCGAAGGCGCCAGAGGGUGGCGGCGAUGCGCACGCGGUGAUGCGUUCCAAGAGCGACUACGCUCUCAGUCCCAUCACCUCGAAGUCCACCUGGUGGGCCAAUAGGAUCCCGGAGAGCCUUUACGCGUUCUUGACUCCGAGUCCGAAGAGGAAAAAUAUGAUUUACUCGACGCCGACCAGGCCGGUCACCGUUUCCAACCCCUUCAAGAUUUCCCCCGUCCCCCUGACCAAACAACCCUUCCAUACCAUAUCCUUGAAUUCCCUGCAGAAUGGAGCUGCUUCUUCUGGGGAAGCCGGUGGUCAACGGCUUGGUGUCCAGUCAGUGAAGAGGCAGCACCGUAAGUUGCUAGAUGGCGGCAGUGCAGGGGGUAAGCUAGCACCUGUGGCUAUAAGUCCGGACGAGGCUAUAGCCCCAGCCCCUCCGUCACAGAACGAAUGCGCAGCACAAAACUGUCAGGUCACAGUGCGUCGUCCUAGUGUCACUACGAACCCAAGUUCCAGCAGCUUAGCCCUAUCGGAAACCGGAUCCUUGGACAGGGCUAAGGCUGCGUUCGAGAGACGAAAGAAGAACCAGCUUCUGGACUCGGACGCUGUACCGGUGGCUGGCAGGGUCGAAAAUACCAGAGUAAACCCUGACCACCUCAUCGAGGACCUCCUCAAGAACACGAAUCUCGAACCAGCGGACGACGAAGCCGAAACUUCUGGACUCCAGUUAUUCAUAGCCAAAGACGGAACUGCUGCUUUAGGUAAUCACGAGGUGAAGUCACAAAUGUCAACCGGCGUACAACUAUUCAAACAAGUUGUCAUGGACGACAACAGGUAGCCUAUAUAGAAUCUAUUUUUCUAUGUGUAAUUUCUAAUGUGGAAUACAUGGUGGAUGAAUGUUCAGAUCUGUCCCGGAAUAUCGGUUAUCGUUACCAUUUUACGCUUUGUUAUCAACUCUUAUACGUACUUUUUUUCAAACUAUUAAUUAUUUUUCAUUAUGACGAUUUAAAUGUUUCAUGUUAAAAUAUUUUCGACAAUACAUAAUUGACCCCUAAGACACUCCAAAAUCCUAUUUAAUUUAUUUUAUCUUGGGACAUGAUUGUUGUAGAUAGACAUUUUCUGUCAAACUCAUCCACAUAUAUCCAUACCUUGGAGAAAAAGAGAGAAUUUCGCUGGAAGAAAUAUCGUUGUAUAUUUCUAUUCGAGCCCAAAUCAUUUCUCUUUUCUUGAUGUACAAAGAGUUUUGUUUGAGAUUAUCACUAUGUACAGUAUUAAAUAUUGAUUUGAGAUUUUAGGAUAUACAUUUCGUUGUUAUAGAAGGCUUUUCAAAAAAGGAUAUAGAUUCGUUGUUCGACUAUCGAGAAUUUUGCAAAUCCAGUUGUUGAGUAACUAGUGGAAUAAAACAUCACGAAAGGUUAUGUGAUGCUUAUAUCGAGCGACAAUAUUAUUUAUUGUAAAUUAUUCUCUCUUGUAUUAUAUUGUGUAUUAUUUUAAUGGUUUUUAACGUAUGUAAUAUCAUGCUAUUUGUCUUAAGUUAUACAUUGUAUAUAUGGUUAAAAGAGAAAUAAAAUUUAGGUUCAACGA